AUGCCUGCUGUACCGUCGGGACGAGCCUGCGAGGCAUGUCGUAACGCCAGGAAAAAGUGCGACUCCGGCGUCCCGAACUGUGGCCGCUGCAUACGAUUGAAUGUCACCUGUGUUGGGUCUGGACAGCGGCGAUUCCUGUUCAAGGGCCCAAAAUGCCAUCGAAACCCUUCUUUCCAGAUCGGAUAUCGCUUAGAGCUGCACAGGUUGCCAAUUGAUCCAGCGGAUGGUCUAUCGGCAUCGUUGUUGCGAACCAUCAGUCCCGAAACCGAGCCAAGGUUCAGCCUACUCCAGUCUUACGGUUCCUUUCUCAAAUACCUGCCUCAACGGCUUGGAAAAUCCGAAGCACUAGACUCUGCAACGCGAGCUCUUGUGCUCGCGCAUCACGAUAUCUGCUCCAAACGCACUGUCUCCCUUCCUACUACCCUGGCCUACGCCACCGCCAUCAGCAAACUGAAACUCGCGCUCGGAAAUCACGAGGAAGCAUCUUCCGUCCACUCGCUUGCAUCGGCCACACUACUCGUGAUAUGCCGUGACCUGAAUGGCACCGACAUUCAGGACUGGAGCAUUCACUCACAGGGCGCGGCUGAUAUUGUACAAGCACGAAGACAUUUGCAGGUUCAAGACGAUUUUGAACGCCAGCUUCUGUGGUCUUUGCAAGGCUAUGUGGUGAGCGCCUCAUGCUCAAUAUUAGGUUGUGAUGGUGCUAAUGGCAGAUCAGGUUGGGCAUUGUCUCCUUUUUCGAGACAUGCGCCUUAA